CUCACACUGCCCCAGCAGAUAAAGGCGCCCAGCAGGGCUGCGUUCUAGCUAUCUCUGAGGGCCCUCCUCACCAUGUCCCGCCACUCCGUGCUGUUCGCUUGGACCCUCCUCACCCUCCUCGGCGUGGCGCAAAAAGCCGGAGGCCAGAAGAGCUGCGACUUCGUGGUGCCUCGGAGGGAGUGGAAUGGCCUGGCUUCCUCAUGCACCGAGCGCGUGCCCCUGCCCGCGCGCUACGUGAUCAUAGCGCACACGGCGGGCAGCACCUGCGACUCCCCAGCCUCCUGCGAACAGCAGGUCCGGAACGUGCAGCACUACCACGUGCGCACGAAGGGCUGGUGCGACGUGAGCUACAACUUCCUGGUCGGAGAAGAUGGACAUGUCUAUGAGGGUCGAGGCUGGAACACCAAGGGCGCCCACUCGGGUCCCAACUGGAACUCCAGAUCCAUUGGCAUUGCCUUCAUGGGCAACUACAUGAAUCGGGCGCCCCCAAAACGGGCCAUCCAGGCAGCCCAGAAUCUGCUAACUUGUGGUGUGGCUCAGAGAGCCUUGAAAUCCAACUAUGAGCUCAAAGGACACCGGGAUGUGGUGCAGACGCUCUCUCCAGGUGACCAGCUCUACCAAAUCAUCCAGACUUGGCCACACUACCAGGACUGAAGCCUUGCUUGCUGCCCAUCCUCCUCCCCUCCCUCAGCCAGAAGCACUGCUGCUACUCCCUUCCCACUUCCUCCAAUAAAGACGCAACUCCAACUGUG